ACCUGUUUCCUUAAUUUGUGGAGAGUUCAUCAAUCAUUUUUAUCUUUUAUUGAGAAUACAGAAAGAGAGACAUCAGUUUCAAAGUCAAGUCUUUCAUUCACGCCAUGGUUAUCUUCCCAUUCCUGUUGUUGCUGCUCUGGUUUGCAAGGGUUUAUUACAAGAACAAAAUCACAGUGAAGAGUGUGGUUCAUAAGCUUCCCCCAGGUCCAUGGAAGUUGCCUGUAAUAGGCAACCUUCACCAACUGGCAAGCGCAGACACACUCCCACACCAUACCCUUCAAAAUCUAUCAAACAAAUAUGGACCUUUGAUGCACCUUCAACUGGGUCAAAUUUCUGCUGUGAUCGUGUCAUCCCCUGACAUGGCAAAGGAGAUAAUGAAGACACACGAUCUUAAUUUUGUGCAGAGGCCACAACUACUUUGUCCUAAAAUCCUUGCCUAUGGUUCAACCGAUAUUGCCUUUGCUCCAUACGGUGAGUACUGGAGACAGAUGAGGAAAAUAUGUACACUGGAGCUUCUCAGUGCCAAAAGGGUUCACUCUUUCUCCUUCCUUCGUCAACAAGAGGUGGCCAACCUCAUACAAUCCAUUCAAUCGUCUGCAUCUUCAGCUUCACAAGUUAAUGUUUCUGAGACUGUUUUCUCUUUUCUCAGCACCCUUGUUUCAAGAACAGCCUUUGGUAAAAAAUCUGAGAAGGAGGAUGAGCUUUUGUGUUUGCUCAAGAAAGGAGCGGAACUCACGGGAGGGUUUGACCUUGCUGAUUUGUUCCCUUCGUUUAAAGCUCUUCAUUUCAUAACUGGGAUGAAAGCUAAGCUGGAAGACAUGCACAAAGAGCUCGACAAGAUUUUAGAAAACAUCAUCAACGAACAUCAGUCAAAGCAUAGCAUCGGAGAUGCAGAAGAAGAGAAUCUGGUUGAUGUUCUUUUGCGCGUGCAACAAAGUGCCACCCUGGAGGUUCCAGUCACAAUAAACAACAUCAAAGCCGUUAUAUGGGACAUAUUUGGGGCAGGGACUGAUACUUCAGCAACAGUACUGGAGUGGGCUAUGUCAGAGCUGAUGAAGAAUCCAAGAGUGAUGAAAAAGGCACAGGUUGAAAUAAGAGAAGCUUUAAGGGGAAAGAAAAGAAUCGGUGAGAGUGAUGUAAAUGAACUAAACUACUUGAAGUUGGUGAUUAAAGAAACCUUAAGGUUACAUCCUCCUGUUCCUCUGUUGCUCCCAAGAGAGUGCAGGGAUCCAUGCAAUAUAGGUGGAUAUGCAAUACCUAUGAAGACUAAAGUGAUAGUAAAUGCAUGGGCACUUGGAAGAGAUCCAAAGCAUUGGUAUGAUGCAGAGAAGUUUAUACCAGAGAGGUUUGAUGGCACUGGUUUUGAUUUUAAAGGGAAUAAUUUUGAGUACAUUCCUUUUGGGGCUGGGAGGAGAAUUUGUCCUGGCAUUUUACUUGGCCUAGCUAAUGUUGAGCUUCCUCUUGCUGCAUUGCUCUAUCACUUUGAUUGGAAACUACCCAAUGAGAUGAAAACACAGGACUUAGACAUGACAGAAGCGUUUGGAGCUACAGUGGGAAGAAAAAACAACCUCUGUCUGAUACCAACUAUGUAUAACUUUUCCCUUAAUCAUGUUAUUGCCACAUGACCCUCUUUUCUACAUCAUGUUUUUCUUCAUUUUCUUUGUAAGUUUGUGGAAUUCAAUUUCAUGUUGGGGGGUAUUUUCUAGUGGAGCUAUUGGAAAAGUAUCGAAAUUUGAUCCUCUUAAUUCACAUUAUUUUUAGUGAUU